AUGAACACACUCGGGCAACUCGUGAAAGACAAGAACGAAUACGUCAACCUGGCAUCGAAGUUGAUCUCCAAGCUCCAAGAGUAUCAGCAGAACUCGGGCAACCGAAACAACCCGAACAAUCAACAACAGCACAAUCAAGUCCAACCACCCGGCCAUCCGCAGCCACAAGCGCAGCAGAUCCAUCAGCAUCAUGGCGUUCAGCAGCAGCAAAUGGGCCAACGCUGGAUGCCACAGCAGCCGGGCGCCUUUCAGAACCAACAAAAUUUUCAGCAGCAACAGCGCGUCCAAAAUCAACAUGUUCCAAGCCCACAGCAGCAGAUGAACUCCGGAAUGGCUGGACCAAACGCCGGCGGAAUGCCUCAAAAUGCGAGCAUGGGCUCUCAUGGCCAAGGAAACAUGCAUCAAGGCGCUCAUCCGGGUAACGCGCAAAAUCCACAGAUCAAGCGCGAAAAUGACGAGGAGCAGCAACGCUUCUACAAAGAAAAACUCCGCCGGCUGCAACGAUACAUCGAGCCGCUGAAUCGAAUGAUUGCUAGAAACGAAACCAACCAAACCGUGCCGCGAAUCAAUGACCCUGCCACAAAGGUGCGAGCGAUCAUCCUCGGCCAAGAAAUCCACGACAUUCAAUUGCUAGACAAAGUGGAGGCGUUUUGCAAGCAGAUGCUGGUCGAAAAUCAGCAGCAAAACGACUACACACCGAAGAACAACAACAACCAUCCCUGCCAGGCGCUGCUUGACGUCGUCAUUGCCCACAUCUCCAAGCCCAACAUCAACCACACACUCAGUCGGACCUUCAAGCCGGUUUUGGACAAAGUCCGACCAGACCCUGCGCCCUACGCGAUCAACCAAAAAGAGGAAAAUCUCCCAGCGCGGAAACACACCAUCCCAUUGAUUCUUCAAGGAGAAGUCGCUUCUUUGGACAAGAAAUUCUCCGUCAAACUCAACGAUUCCUGCCACAACACCAAGGGCGACAUUCAUAUCGUCGUCGAGCUCAAUGAUCCAACUCUACCUCCUGUCAGACCUCUUUAUAUAACGAUUCCUGCUGAUUAUCCGAAUAUAUCGCCGAUUGUUGAAAAUACUGAUGACAACAUGGAACAACACAUGGUCGAAACAUUGGAAGAAGGAACCGAUUUCAUUCAAACCCAGAAAUUGAUCUUCCAUGAGAGGCAGUACUCUCUCGGGAGCCAUGUUGUUACUCUAACUCAAGUUCUAUCUGGCUGGGAGCUCAGCAUCCGCCAGGCAAUGGCCCGUGCCAACAUCGAUUUCGCCCAACAGAAGCUCAAGGAAUACGAAGAAACGCACAUCAUCGAAGAAGAGCCACAACACAUCAUUGCCUAG